AUGAAUUUUGCUACACCUAAAAGACGUCAAGAAUGGUUGGUUCAUGCGGAAGAUUAUGCUGAUAUUUUUCUUCAACGAACGAAAUAUAUUUUACCACAUUUAGCUCGAUUGUGUUUAGUAUCAACAUUUAUUGAAGAUGGUAUUCGUAUGUGGAUGCAAUGGGGUCAACAAAGAGAUUAUAUUAUGAAUACUUGGAAUGUUGGAUGGUUUCUAGGUACACUUUUUGUUAUUACGAAUCUAUUGGGUCAAUUAAUACCAUGUGCAAUGAUUUUAAUUAGAAAAAAAACUGAUAUUGCAUGUGGAAUAUUUUUUUUUAUAAUUGCAUUUCAAGUAAGUUUAAUUUUAUUUUUCUUUCUCGUAUGA